AGGGGUGUGGUCGCCAUAGCCGUCGCCUUCGCUUGCCCGCGGGGAACCAGCUUCGGAGCAGCAGCGCGGGACGCACACCUGGCUCGCCGCUCUCCCGCGCCCGGGCCGCUUCACGGUUAGUGUGAUCUUAACUCAAGGCAAAGGUGGGAUAGCAUGGCAUCUCUCUGGGUCGGACAGCGUGGGACGGUGCGUGAUUAUCCAGGCUUUAGCCCGUCCGUGGAUGCUGAAGCGAUUCGAAAGGCAAUCCGAGGAAUUGGAACUGACGAGAAAACGCUUAUCAGCAUUCUGACUGAGAGGUCGAAUGCACAGCGGCAGCUGAUCGUUAAGGAAUAUCAAGCAGCAUAUGAAAAGAAACUGAAAGAUGACCUAAAGAGUGAUCUCUCUGGCCACUUUGAGUAUCUCAUGGUGGCCCUUGUGACUCCUCCAGCAGUGUUUGAUGCGAAGCAGCUAAAGAAAUCCAUGAAGGGCACUGGAACAGAUGAAGAUACAUUGAUUGAAAUCUUAACCACCAGGACAAGCAGGCAGAUGAAGGAGAUCUCUCAAGCCUACUACACAGUGUAUAAGAAGAGUCUUGGAGAUGACAUCAGCUCUGAAACAUCUGGUGACUUCCGGAAAGCUCUGUUGACUUUGGCAGAUGGCAGAAGAGAUGAAAGUCUGAAAGUGGAUGAGCAGCUGGCCAAAAAGGAUGCCCAGAUCCUCUAUAAUGCCGGUGAGAAGAAGUGGGGCACAGACGAAGAUGCCUUCACAGAGAUCCUGUGUCUAAGGAGCUUUCCCCAGCUGAAACGAACAUUUGAUGAAUACAGAAAUAUUAGCCAGAAGGACAUUGAGGACAGCAUAAAAGGAGAAUUAUCUGGACAUUUUGAAGACCUCCUGCUGGCCAUAGUUCAUUGUGCAAGGAACAUUCCUGCCUUUUUAGCUGAAAGACUGCAUCGAGCUUUGAAGGGUGCUGGAACUGAUGAGUUUACUCUGAACCGAAUAAUGGUUUCCAGAUCAGAAAUUGACCUUUUGGACAUUCGAGCAGAGUUUAAGAAGCGUUGUGGCUAUUCUCUAUAUUCAGCAAUUAAAUCGGACACUUCUGGAGACUACGAAACCGCACUCUUAAAGCUCUGUGGAGGAGAUGACUGAGCCACGCACAUCGUCUGCAAAGGUUGUCUGCUCCCACGAUCGGCUUUUCCAACAGAUCUGCUCACUUCUUUCUCACAUGUUUAAAAGUACAAGCAAGUAUAAACAGCAGCCUGUUUUCCUAACAAAUUUUCAUUGUUCCAUAACAACAGCAAUGACACAAUUAUUUUAGAGCAUCUCAUCAUACAUCAUGUAGCAGUUUAUUAAUGAAAAUUUAAAAUGAUGUGAAGAAUCUCCUAAUACUAUCUAAAUAUAUUUGUUUAGGAAGUGAGGAUCUUUGUACAGUUCUAAAAUAUCAAAUGCAAAGCAGGGUAAUAAAAAUUGUUGCCUUUGUUAAA